AUGGUGGUGGCGUGGUGUCAGUUCCACGAAAUCCUUCGCCACUACACACGCCACGACACCACCGACCUCCUCCGCACCAAAUCGUCCUCGUCCACACCCAUCCACGCCCGCCCGCUCGAGAACCGCCACCGCGCGGGCGUGUGCUCGCCCUCGUGCUCCCCGUCGCCCAUCUCGCGCCGGUUAGGCGGGAAAGCCGCGCGGCAGCAGCAGCGCGAGCAGGACGCGGCGGUGCUCGAGGCGCUCGCGCGCAACGGCACGGAGCACAUCAAGCUCGAGCUCAACGGCGGGCCCGGGCCCGUGCGCAAGUUCUUUGCGGACUUUGCCGUCGACAGGGUGCUGCGCGACCGCCAUGCGUGGUACGUGACGUUCAGCGACGGCGCGGACACGGCGCGCCGCGCGUCGCGUGUGCUUGGUGGAUCGGGCGCACCGACGCUUGUGCCUCAGGCUGUGGGGCUGGUUGUCGGGCAGCCGCCGUCUCAGGUUACGCCGGCACCUGCUGCGGGCAAGGCUAGCUGGACGAGGGAGGAGAUGCUGGAGGAGGCUGCGAGGAUGGUGGAGAGCGAGCUGAGGGCGCUGCUGGAGAAGGAUAUUACGGAGCGCGUCGUUGGGCCGCUGGAAGCAUCUCACUGGCUCACGCCCGAAGGCAGCCAGCCGGAGCACCCGCAGUACAACGUAGACGGUGUACGGCUCGAGGGACAGACACUCAGGAGACCAAAGGGGGAGAACUCGGGCAUGGGUCUCGACAGGCACUACGACUGGGAUUGA